AUGACUCAGUUGGCUGUGGUAGCAAAUCCGCAUGGGGCUUUGGAAAUGUUCCUCCAUGCCAGUGAUAAUGCACCAACCACGGAGAUGAUUAUGGCAGUCAGAGAAAUUCAGAGAGCCGUGAUGAAAAAUAGCCAACGCAGUGAACCACUCUCAUGGUCCUCCAAGGCAAGUAGGAUGGGGGUGUCUAGGCAAACAAUCCUGAAUUUAUUCUGGCUCCUGCUUCUGCUGAAGGCUGCGUCUUCCUCCCCUCUCCCCCGUGGAAACGACCCACCACCCCUUUCCCUUCCCUUCGGGCUGAACAAAGGACACACCUGCGUGGGUUGCGUGCUUGUGGUGUCCGUAAUCGAACAGCUUGCACAGUGGCACAACAGCACAGUGAAGGCAGCCAUGGAGAGACUGUGCAGCUAUAUACCUGAAAAACUGCAAGGUGUCUGUUUGUUACUUGCUGAACUUUAUGGAUCACACAUAGCUGAACUCAUAGACAAGGAAAUGAAUGCCGAUGUGGUCUGCCAUUCCUUGAAGCUGUGUAAGCAGGAUCCAGGGCAACCACUUUGCCAUCUCUACCCACCUCCAAAGGUGGGGCUGAGUACUGUGAUAAGGAAAGCAAAAAGGAUUAUGAAGACUUCCAAGGAUCUGAAAAGCUUCAUGGGCUUCUCAAAUGUAUGUGCAUUUCCUCUUCUGGCUAACCUGUGUGAGAAGAUUAAAUACAUUAUAAGAAAUAAACUGCCUUUUGAAGAUUUUGAUGGAGAUAAAUUUAGUACUUUCCCGACACUGAGGGGCUAUCACUGGCGAGGCAGAGACUGCAAUGACAAAAAUACCACCGUGUACCCUGGCAGACGUCCUGAUGAUUGGGAUGCAAAAAGUGACUCAAACUGCAAUGGCAUAUGGGGAGUGGAUCCAAAAGAUGGAAUUCCCUAUGAGGAGAAAUUCUGCAAAG